AUGGCGUCUUCGAGCUCCGCACCCUCCCCGUUCAGGGCCCAUCUUCCCGACCUGAGCACUGACAGGUUCACUACCAUGAAGGCGCAGGAUGCCCACGAGUAUGCCAGGGACUUCAAGCAGGGUGGGAAGCCUCCGUGGCUUCACGCCUUGUAUCUCCAUUGGCGAGAGCUGCUCUCCGAACCGUUCAAAGGCGUGACUUCCGACGGUCGCGUUCGGCCGGAUCUCUUCCAGCUGGAGGACCACGGCAUCCCCAUCGAAGACAUCGUCAGCGCGGCCGACGCUGCCUUGUCGAGGAUGAGCCCGGAACAGAGGGCGCAGACGAUCUACCACAUCGACUCCCCGGAGUGGCGCACGUGGUCCAACCCAGAGUUCCUCCUCAGCAGCAAGGGCGUCAGGCUGGACGAGAUCACCCAAGAGCUGCGGACCGCGGUCCUGGCCGUGCUCGAGGCCACGCUCUCCCCCGAGGGCUACGGCAAGGCAGUGUCGGCCAUGCGCAUCAACGGCUUCCUCGGCCACCUGGUCGAGGCGCCGGCCGUCAUGAACGAGUUCUCGUACAACUUCGUCCUGUUCGGAAGCCGGCCCUCCACCACGGAGCCGUGGGGCUUCUCCUUCUACGGGCACCACCUGUGCCUCAACGCAUUCUUCUACAGGAGGCAGAUGGUGCUCUCCCCCUGGUUCACCGGCGCUGAGCCGAACCUGAUCGACGACGGCGGCUACGCCGGGACGAGGAUCCUGGAGCGGGAGGAGAUCGGCGGACUGCGGCUCAUGCAGGGCCUGCCUCCUGCCCUCCGAUCCCGGGCUCGGGUCUUUGAGGAGAUGAAGGAUCCGGCCAUGCCGCACGGACGUUGGAACCACGACGACCAGCGACAUCUGUGCGGGGCGUACCGGGAUAAUCGCGUGGUCCCGUACGAGGGCGUGUGCGUCUCCGAGAUGCCUCCGGAGAGCCAGGCUGCGGUCACCGACAUCCUGGCGGAGUACCUGCUGUACCUGCCCGACAGGGCCCGGAGCAUCCGGCUCGCGGAGUGUCGGGCCUGGUUCCGCGAGACCUAUUUCUGCUGGAUCGGCGGGUUCGGGGAGGCGGACGCCUUCUAUUACCGUAUCCAGAGUCCGGUCGUCAUCGUCGAGUUCGACCACCACUCCGGGGUGUUCCUGACGAACAAGGAGCCGGCCAAGUUCCACAUCCACACUCUUCUACGGACACCCAACGCCGGAGACUACGGGAUGGCAUUGCGGAAACUGAUUCCCGGCAUGCGGCAAGAGUUUAUGUGGGAGGGCUAG